CCUCAGAUACAGAUGGAACCGGGUCCAAACAAGUGGCAAUCGAAACAAGAGCAAACACAAACACAAACGCAAUGUCACUAGACGGCGGCCAGAUUCUUAACAUGGAUGCGGUGGCCAGUGGCCCAAAUCCGUGUGGAACCGGUAGUACGCCAGCAGCAGCAGCACCUGGCAUUGGAUUGUGGAGUGGCAUGGUGACCGUCCUCGUUCAAACCCUGCUAUCGUCGCAAUGUCUCAUUUCGCCCGCCAGCCAGUGGCCAGUGGACUAUGUGGGCGAUUUGGGUCAACCCUAUGACUUUGUGGUCAUUGGAGCUGGAUCAGCGGGUUCCGUGGUGGCCAGCCGUUUGAGCGAGAAUCCCGACUGGAAAGUGCUCGUCCUGGAGGCGGGCGGUGAUCCGCCCAUCGAAUCUGAGUUGCCGGCACUUUUCUUUGGGCUGCAGCACUCGGAGUUCACGUGGAACUACUUCACAGAGCCCAGCGAGGAGGCGUGUCAGGGAAUGAAGGAUGGUCGCUGCUACUGGCCACGUGGCAAGAUGCUGGGCGGAUCGGGAGGAGCCAAUGCCAUGCUGUAUGUGCGUGGUAAUCGCCGGGACUUUGAUGGCUGGGCGGCCAUGGGAAACACCGGCUGGAGCUAUGAUAAGGUGAUGCCAUUUUUCGAGAAAUCCGUCACGCCCCAAGGAAAUGCCACCCAUCCCAUGGGUUAUGUAACCCUAAAACCUUUCCAGCGACAAGACAAUGCCAUACACCAAAUGAUCAUCGAUGGUGGGCGUGAGUUGGGUCGGCCAUAUGUCGAGCGAUUCCAAGAGGGCAGUGAGACGGGCUAUGCCCAUGUGCCGGGCACCGUGAGAGAAGGUCAGAGAAUGAGCACAGCUAAGGGCUAUUUGGGUGCAGUCUCCAAAACUCGUUCCAAUCUUCAUGUGGUCAAGAAUGCCCUGGUCACCAAACUGGAUUUCGAUGGCGAUACGGUGACGGCAGUUAACUUCGAACGGGCUGGUGUUAGCCAUCGAGUGAAAGUGACCAAGGAUGUGGUGAUCUCGGCCGGUGCCAUCGAUUCACCAGCUCUGCUCCUGCGUUCCGGAAUCGGACCCAGUCGGCAGUUGGAGGAGUUGGGCAUACCCGUGGUAUUGAAUAUACCAGGAGUUGGACGCAAUCUCCAGGAUCAUGUGGUUGUGCCAGUCUUUUUGAAACUGGACGAGGGUCAAGCGGAGGCAAUGACGGAGAAGGGCGUCCUGGAUGGCAUAUAUCAGUACCUAAUCCAUCGCACCGGACCUCUGGCUACGCACAGCACCGCCUCCUUGGUGGCGUUCAUAAACACCAAUGCGAGUAGUGAUAGCGCUUAUCCGGAUACCGAGAACCAUCAUCUGUUCUUUCAGCGAGCGAAUCACGCUUCGCUGGAACUCUUCACCAAAGGUCUGUCCAUCCAGGAACAAUAUAUAGACGCGCUGCAAGGAUAUCUUAAGGACUCCCAUUUGCUGUGCGUUUUCCUCCUACUCUCACAUCCAGCGGCCAAAGGUGAAUUGCAUUUAAAGAGCAGAGAUCCCAGGGAUGCGCCCAUCCUAACCAGUAACUAUCUAUCGCAACCGGAGGAUGUGGCCACAUUGAUGCGGGGCAUACGCUACAUUGAAUCCCUCGAGCAGACGAAAGCUUUUCGUGAUCACCUGGCCGAGAUAGCCAGGAUUCCGAUUGCAGAGUGCGAUCACAUCGAGAAGUACCGCAGUGAGGAGUACUGGCGUUGCUAUGCCAAAUACUUCACCGUCACCUGUUACCAUCAAUCGGGCACCGUGAAAAUGGGACCCGACUACGAUCCCGAGGCGUGUGUGGGUCAGCGUUUGAAGGUCCAUGGAUUGGAGAACCUCCGGGUGGCGGAUGCCAGCAUAAUGCCAGCGGUGGUCAGUGCCAAUACGAAUGCGGCCACCGUGAUGAUUGGCGAGAGGGCGGCCCACUUCAUCCGGGAGGAUUACGAGGGUGAGACAGUUGGCGCCCAUGGUGGCAUCUGGGUGCCGCACAUGCAUGCGGAUGACUUCUAGUUUGAUAAUUCCGAACACAGCCCUCUUUUCGAUUGGCAACUUGUCAACAACAAGUUGUUGAUUUCAACACAAAAUACAUUCAUUUAAUUCUGUAGAUUUCAACACAAUUUGGUUUAUCGAAUCAUAUAAAUUACUACACUAGAAAAAAAAAAAGCAGAGAAACUCACGCUUAACUUAAUUCUGGAAUGCAUAAUUAUAAAAUGUUAUGCAAGCAUUUAUCUAUUACAUUUUUUUGUUAUUGUUUAAGUAUUAGUAAUUUAAUAAAGUUUUUUGUUUACAAUUAUUAUAAAAUAUAUAAAGCCUAUGUAGUUUUUUAUUCAUAAA